CAGGUCAACAGUGCACUCUCAUUGGCUACCUAGGACGCGUCAUCUGUUUUCGCAGCCGGAGCAUUGCCCAGUUUAUUUCGAGUCUUGGGGAGAGAGGAUCUCUCUUUGUGCUUUGAUAGAAAAGAGUCCUGUGAUCCUGGUGAUUCUAGCGGCGACGACAGCGAGGCGGCCCGGUUGACAGCUUUCCACGACCCGUGUGACUCUAUUGGUAACGUCGAGGGGCAUGCAUAUUUUGGAACUGGAGGAGGUGCUCCAUUGUGCACCCCCAUCCUCUCUUUGGUUUCUCCCACCCGGCAGUCUUUGGGGGACGUUGGGUGAGCCCAUUUCUGGGGCGUGGGGGAGCCGCGUUAGACCUUCGGCGAUGGGCGGAGCCUGGGCCUGGGAGAGGAACUGGGUUCUGGAGCGCCUGGCCUGGAGAGGAGGGUUGGUGAGAGUUUUGGUGAUAUUGCCACUUUAUCUCUUCCACCUUUGAGCACAGCUUUCGUCUCCCCAGCUACUGGUGCAGGUGGUGGGGAUCCAGAUGAGCACAUGCUGAGGGGAGGCGCUUGGUUACUGGAUCAAUUCAAGUUUUCAUCUGAGCUGGUUUUUAGUCGAUCUGUCCGUCUCUAGGUCUGUCUGCUACUCGCUAUGCCGCUGCCCGUUGCUCUGCAGACCCGCUUGGCCAAGAGAGGCAUCCUCAAACAUCUAGAGCCCGAACCAGAGGAAGAGAUAAUUGCUGAGGACUAUGAUGAUGAUCCUGUGGAUUAUGAGGCCACCCGGUUGGAGGGCUUGCCACCAAGCUGGUACAAGGUGUUUGACCCUUCCUGCGGGCUCCCUUACUACUGGAAUGUGGACACAGACCUCGUGUCCUGGCUCUCCCCACAUGACUCCAACUCCAUUGUUACCAAAUCUGCUAAGAAGCUCAGGAGCAGUAAUGCAGAUGCUGAGGAGAAAUUGGACCGGAGCCAUGAGAAAUCGGACCGGAGCCAUGAGAAGUCUGAUCGGAGCCAUGAGAAGUCCGACAGGGGCCACGAGAAAUCCGACCGGGGCCAUGAGAAGUCAGACAGAGACCGAGAGCGUGGCUAUGACAAGGUGGAAAGAGACAGAGAGCGGGACAGGGAUCGGGAUCGGGAUCGGGACCGUGGGUAUGACAAGGUUGACAGAGAAGAGGCCAAAGAACGGCGCCACCAUCGCCGAGAGGAGCUAGCUCCCUACCCCAAGAGCAAGAAGGUUGCAAGCCGGAAGGAUGAAGAGUUAGACCCCAUGGACCCCAGCUCGUACUCAGAUGCACCCCGAGGCACAUGGUCAACAGGACUCCCCAAGCGGAACGAGGCUAAGACAGGUGCAGAUACAACAGCUGCCGGACCCCUAUUCCAGCAACGCCCCUACCCAUCCCCAGGGGCUGUACUCCGGGCCAACGCCGAGGCCUCCCGAACCAAGCAGCAGGACUGAACUGUCCUGGUUUUUAAUAAAAGCUUUUCAGUGGAUCAUGUUCACCA